CAUAUACAGCUGCUGUAAAAUAUAUCUGGUUGGUUUUAAUGGGAAUGUACAAAAUGAUGAUUCUAUAUCUGGUACAUUUGAAGGAAUGGUCAUCAUUCUACUCGCUCUCCAGUCUGGAUUUUUAAGUUAUAAUCGUAUUGACAAAAUAGUUAACCUAAGCGUUUUUCUCUUUAUAGUGGCAUCCAAUAUCAUUCGGAAUAUCUCUGAUAUGACAAAUCCUCAGUUAUUAUUAUUAAGCACGAGAAAUAACAAGAAACUAGCCCAUUUUAGGGUUCUUGUUCUUGUGUUUAUUCUAAUUAGCACUCCGAUUGUCAUGACCUAUUACUUUACUCAAAUCAUUAUUGUAAAUUUUUGGAUUCUAAUUAUCUCAUUGUACUGUUUAUUAACUUCGCUUCACAACUUGUGUUCCCUGAUGAUAUAUGCUCUAUUCAUGAUAGACAAUUUCCGUGAAGAACCCUUUGAAAAUCUUGACGAGGCUGUUUACUGUAUCCAUGGAAUUGCUUACGUCUUGGAGUUCGUUGUGACUUUAUUUCAUGUCUGUUACACAAUUUUUUACUUUUCCGACUUGAAUUAUUUCGGAGUCUGUAUGCUGCUUAUAAUUUUGUAUUUCAAUGUUUGGAAGAAUGCCAGAACUGGUUGGGAGAGUUUGAAGCAAAAGAGAUUAGCAAUGAGGAAGAUGAACUUAUUAAGACAUGCAACUGAAGAUGAACUUCACUCUUUGAAUGAUGAUGAUAAUGUGUGUCCAAUUUGUUACCAGAAAAUGACGAGCGCUCGAGUUACGCCAUGCCGUCAUUACUUUCACGGGGCGUGUCUUAAAAAGUGGUUGUAUUUGUAUGCAUCGAAUGAUAAGUGCCCUAUAUGUAAUUCAUCCAUAUUAGAAAAUUUGAUGCAAGAUGUUAGUGGCAGUGAGGAUAACUCAGAUUCAGUUAUGGCUGAUCGACAGAGCACCGACACAAUGGUGCAUAACUCAGGUUCAGGUAGUAUUGUUGAGGAACACAACGCUGACACGAUGGUGGAUAACUCAGAUUCAUGUAGUAGAGUUGAGGGACAAAACACCAACAUACUCGUGGAUAACUCAGAUUCAUGUAUUAGAGUUGAUGGACAAAACACCAACACACUCGUGGAUAACUCAGAUUCAU